AUGUUUCGAAAGAAAAUCGGCAAAGCUUGGUGCUGCUCGGUGCAAAGUCGUGAUUUUUCCCUGCUGUCGGAUGUACGUGAUGUUCUCAUCCGUACUAACCUACCUACCUUUCCACCAACCGAUUUCAAUGGCGACGGCAAACCGGACAACAUCACGUUCAUGAUCAAACGCAUCAAGGUUCACAAUCUGAACGCCCUGAAGGAUCCCUCGUACCGAUUCGCCGGCAGCUAUGGAGUCGAAAAGUUUCUGGAGCUGUUCUCAGAGGAAGACUACGAUGCAUUCUGCCUGGCGUACAUGUUCACGUAUCGCGACUUCGAGAUGGGCACCCUCGGGUUGGCGUGGACCGGCGAUUUGAAGAAUGCCGGUGGAGUGUGCGAAAAAAAUGGGCACUACCGGGGGUCGCUAAAAUCGCUCAACACCGGCAUCGUGACGUUGCUGAACUACGGAAAACAUGUUCCACCUGCUGUUUCACACGUGACGUUGGCCCACGAAAUCGGACACAACUUUGGCUCACCGCACGAUCCGGAACAGUGCACCCCAGGUGGCGAGGAUGGCAACUUUAUCAUGUUCGCACGUGCCACGUCCGGUGACAAGCGCAAUAACAACCGAUUCAGUCCAUGCUCGCUCAAGGCGAUAGAGCCAGUCCUGAAUGCCAAAGCACGCAGUGCCAAGGGGUGCUUUACUGAACCUCAAGCAUCCAUCUGUGGAAAUGGUGUGGUGGAAACUGGCGAGCAGUGUGAUUGCGGUUGGGAAGAGGAUUGCAAAGAUUCUUGCUGCUACCCGAUGUCCCGGCAUCCACGAUUCGAUCAGAAACCAUGCACACUGACUCCGAAAUCUCAGUGUAGUCCCUCGCAGGGGCCCUGUUGUACCCUGGAAUGCACCCUAAAGCUUGGUGACAAAUGCCGCGAUGACAAUGGAUGCCGUGACCCGGCCUACUGCGAUGGAACGAUGCCCGUGUGCCCACCUUCGAUCAACAAACCGAACAAGACGAUCUGCAACAAGGAGUACGUUUGCUACAUGGGCGAGUGCACCGGCUCGAUUUGCCUUGCGUAUGGUCUCGAGUCUUGCCAGUGUGCCGUCGGGCAGCACGAUCCGGCUAUCCGAGCGUGCGAACUUUGCUGUAAGCUUCCGGGUGAGGACAAAGCCUGCCUCAGUUCGUUCGAGUGGAACGAUCCACCGUUUGACGUUCCGGAUAUGUACGCCAAACCGGGAACACCCUGCAACGACUACAACGGGUACUGUGACGUAGCGCAGAAAUGCCGUGAGGUUGAUCCGUCCGGACCACUUGCUACGCUGCGGAAACUGCUUCUUUCCGAAGAGAGCAUCGCAACCUUCAAGAAGUGGAUCAUCUCCAACUGGUACGCGGUGGCGUUGAUCAUAAUCAUCGUAUUCGCUCUACUGGUACUGAGUGCGAAACUGCUGGGCCGACGGACAAACCUGAAGCUGAAAACAGUCACCAUCAUUCACAGUGCGACGACGGAGACAGUGCGGCUACCGGAGGACAACAACGGCGUAAUAGUGCACACAGCCGUCCGCACGAAGGUACCGUUCAAGAAGAAAGUCCGCGGCGAACGGUCGAAAUCGAAAACGGCUCCCCUUCCAGCCGGUGCCGUACAACCGUCACAGUUACAACCGAUUCCGAAACAGCUACUGGCAACGGCAACAGGUCCCGGCGGAGUAGUUACCACAACCGCAGCAGCCGCAGGAAACGUAGCAGUAGCGGCACUUCCAUCCAGCUCAAAGGACCGAUUCCAUCUAUCAAGAUCGUCAGCGAGCAACCCGGCGACGGUUGUCAUUAAACAGGUUAAACGCCACGUCGGCAAAACGACCACCACCAACGCUGCCAACAACUCCGACAGUCCUAAGAAACUCAUUAAGAAGAAGAAGAAACGCUCCAGUGCUACUCCCGGAGGUCCUUCCGAUGAAUCUCCGGUCAAGGAACCCAUCACCAAACAGAAAAAGAAAAAGACCAAAUCGAAACACAAAGAGGUGAUAGAUUACUCGAGCAGAAGCGAUGCCCAUAACCACACCAACACAUUCGGCAAGGUGCACCAGUGGCUCCUGGAGUCUCCGGUGGUGACGAGCGCAGCCAAUCAAUUCGAACACGCUUCCAAAAUAAGCAACAUCAUGAACAAGAGUCAAUCGACUCCGGAACAUUUAACCUCAACAGCUGCUUCCGCAGCGAUCACCGCUCAGCAACAACAGCUUCGAUCGCCGAAGAAAACUCGUGUGAAGACUAAAUCGGUGGGUAACAUAAACGAGAAGGUGCGACUGCAGGUAGUCUACAAACCACCGUUCAAAUUUAGCUUAAAGCUAUCGAAAAACGAUCCAUCUGUUAAAACACACAUUGUGGCAGGUCCGAUGGGGAAACGAAAGAAUCGUAUGGUUGAUAGGAAACGGGUUUCCGCCGCUAUGCAACCCGAUUCACUGCGAGGAAGAGCCGCAAUACUGGUACGGCCAGCUUUGGAAGAAACAAUGCCAUUCAUUACCGAUCCUCUAGCUGAACCUAACUACGAAACAUUGAACCCUCGCAACAUGCCGGAAACAGCUCCGGAAUCUCCUCAUAUGUACGAAAAUCUGAGCUUCAACAGUGGAGGUUCCGGUCCUUGUGAACUGUCGAACAUAGUGCCUCCGCCCAUCAACACGGCAACAUUCCGCAUCAACCGUAGCGCUAGUGGUAGUAACAUAGUUUCACCCAAUUCACACUUCCGGAAUCCGUCGAUCACCUCGAUUGGUCAGGUCAGAUCCUCCGGCCUGCGUGGCAGCUCAACUAAUCUAACCGGCGGGGUAUGUCAUAGCAAUACAAACAGUCGAGAGCGGGACAGACAUCGUCGCUCGUACGGCGGUGCAGUCGGAGGUGAAAGCACCGAGAGUUUAAUACGAUCCAGCACAACGAAUCUGGCGAAAUCGAACAGUAAGCGAAACAGUUUCGUCGAAAAACGACGAUCAAGUUCGAUCAAUCUCCAUCACCGGCAUUCCGGAUCGGUGUCAAAUCUGCACUCGAUGAAGCGUCAUUCUGGUUCUUCCAGUCAGUAUCUCAACCAAGAACAACAACAUGAACCAUCCAUUGGGCGACGACAUAGUACCAGCGUUAAACCCGUAGAUAGCAGUAGCAUAAAGAAGCAAAAAAUCUCUCGAACCUCGAGCAGCACAAAUCUUCCCAUAUCCGGCAAUUCCGGUGGAAAUGCAGCAGCCCAACGGCGCAGUAGUAUCGGUCACGGUAGUAAUCGAGUUGCCCAUGGACAGGCUUCCGUCAAUCAUAAGCACCUAUCCCGCCAAACGUCACUAAAUAUUCCUAAACUGCCGAAAUGUUCGCCGUCCGCGACGGGAGUGGAUCGACGACCGCACACGUCCACUGGAGAGGACCGAGGGGCAGCCUUCGAGUGGCCUAUGAUCAUGGUUAAGAAGCACAAUGACGAACCUCUGCCCUCCGAUCUGGAAGUUAUGGUAUCGGACGCGGAAAAUCUGGUCGGUGAUAGAUAACCUUCAGCCGUCCGUUCACGGAAGAAUUGGUUCGUAAUUGAUUGUGAUUGAAUAGGUAACCGAAUUAGCGUCGAAGAGACUCUCCCUCUCUCGUGUUCAUAUCGAUUUUAAUUGAAAGCAGAAGCCGAAUGAUUUUAACAGUUACGUACGAACCCUCAUGUAAAGUAGAAUAUAAACAGAACAGAGAAGCAAGGGAGGAUUUUUAACAAGUGCCAAGUGAGAAAGUGGACGAGGAGGAAAGUACUUAUCAAAUCACAUGCACACAUCAAUCACAUCUCAUAGAAGGUAACGGGGCGGUGACAGCAGCCGAGCAAAUCGUACUAAAUCAAUCAAUCAAUCAAUCAAAAUUAGUUGGAAUGAUGAGCGGUAACUGGGGGGAAAGGGUUACGCGUGGAUCAGAUAACCACCCUAGUUUUCCACUGAAAUGGAAGCAUAUCAGCGAACGGUAUUUAGAGCAGCAGAUAGAUGAAUUUUAGUGCAAUUUUUAACUAUUUAAAGUUGUUUUUUCCUCUGAUAGAUUUUCGGAAGUAAUAUCAAGAAGUUUUCCAUUUUUGUGGUAGUUCUUGGUGCGAGCAGCUGCCAUGCUGUGCUUUAAAUGGUUUGUGAUCAUUUUUGGGUGACCCUGGAAAGAGUUCUUUUACAUUUUAUGUUUAUCAACGUUUGAGUUUUACCUAGAUUUGAGUUCGAUCUGCAUCAGAAAAUUUCACGCGUUCAUAACUCCGGAGUGCACCAACCAUAUUCCACAAGACCGGUUCAAGUAUUUUAUAGCUUUAGAACGUUUCUAUCUAACGUUUAAAAUUCUAUUCGUAUCUAUUCAUCAUUACAUUCAUCCGGAAUUGUAUCCGCUUCCAGCUUAGAAGUUGUUGGCAACCGAUUCCUAUUUUUUUCAUCCAAUUUCCUGCAGUCACCUGUGCUGUCGAAAACCUUUUCCAUCUCCGCCCACUUUGAUUGAAGUUUUUACCAUUGCCACUAUGGAACAAGAUUAGAAAACAAUGCACUGGAUUCUUUGACUAAAAUUAAGUAAAAGUAUUCUAAUAAUCAAUUUCUUAUUUUUCUAUUUCGGAAUUGAUACGUGGACACACCAAAAUCGUAAGAAGAUUCCAUUGAUACGAGCUCAUUGGUACAGUGUUCGAAGGAAUCCUGGUUGCAGCAGGGAAUACUACUUGAUGCACGAAAACGUCCUUCUUUCAAGGGUUUCGAGCCAAAAAAAGCGAUUUUAGACACGGUGAAUCUGUAAAAUAUUUGGCAAUUUUUGAGUGGAAGCCAAUUAGCAAUAAUUGACACUGGGUGGAAAGAAUGUUGGAUCUAGUAGAGCGCCUGCGUCAUUUGGUUCACCCUGUUUAGAACUUCAUCAUUGUUAUGGUUGCCGAAUUUUAUGGGGUUCUGGGAACGAUGAAAGGUCAUUACGGUUCAUUUAGAGAUGCUGACAAUUAGCUAGCAGUUGAAUAUAGCCUUUCACAGAGUACACCAUCACAUAGAUCUUCAAGUCAUCGGCAAAUACGAAAUUACACCUAAUCCGCCACGUCGUUGAAAAAUAUAACAAACAGUAAUGGGCCUAAGUUGCUUCCCUGUGGGAUGUCGGAUGUGUUAGUAAUCGGAGGCGAAACGCUCAAACCAGCAUCCUGUUAAUCAAGUAAGAUGACAAUGACAAUUCUUAACCAUUUCGUUCCUAAAGUCUGCUUCACGGCGGCAGAUUAGUAUUCCGGUUUCGACACAGGCUGUGUCGGCAGGGGUACUCGAUAGUAGUAGACCAGAGGCUAACCGCACCGCUCCGUGGUAUAGGGGCCCGAGGAUGUUGUUCCGUGUAAUUUUCGGCAUGACAGCCCAAUCCCGUAAAACAUUCUGCUGCGUGUUACGGAUCGUCCGACGUUCAGCGCUGUUUGGAAGCUUGUUAAUUUCCGGUCGAGGGUGAUGCCAAGGACGACUGGUUCCUUUCAGAACGAGACUACGAUGUCGUUGAGUUGGAUUGGUAUGCCAUGCAGCAACUAGUAAUGACGCACCUUUCGGCAGCCAUAUUGCCGCCUCCUGGAGGGAUAUUCGUGUGCCUGGGAACGUUCUCCCGAGGGCCACCAGGAUGAUGUCAUCCGCGUAAACAAACAUGCAGACGUUUCCGGGAAGCGCGGCGAAGAGUGAGUUCAUACCCACCAAAAAUAGGGUAGUACUGUUCCUUGUAGCACUCCGUUGGUCUUGCGGCAUUCGUUCGAGAGUGUCCCGCCCACGCAGACCCGGAAGUGGCGGUUUGGGUAGCGAGGGAGGCUUCGAGUCUGCUUCAGCGCCGAGUGAAAGCCGGGCUUCUUCGACGGAUAGCGAUUUGAAGAGGCAUCCUAUCUUGUCCGCCAGUUGCUCGGGAUUAAUGAUGGUGGUGUCGCUGAGCGUAAUAGAGUAGCCGUUUUGUCGUCUUGUUCCACUAAGCGCAUUGACUCGUCUCCACAGCUCGGUGGUUAAGGAGACCAGGUGGAUGACGUGCACGAAGUUCCUCCUUAGCCGCUUGAAUUGUUUUCCUUGUGGCGUUUUUGAGCUUCCUAAAGUUAUUCGCUCUUGUAACCCGUCAAGGUAACAAUUUAGCACUGGGUGGAAAUAUACCAUUUAUUGGGUAUACACUCCGUAGAGUGUAUUUGUUUACAUGUGUAAUUAUGCUCACCGCUGUUCGGUACCGUUCACUUUUUCUUGUAAAUUUUGUUCAUUUACGCGUAUGUGAACGGUUUUGUUCGUGCAGCUAGGUUAGAUAAUUUUUGUUAAACAUUUGUCAAUAACUAACAUAGGGCUUAGGUAGGUUACCGCGCUCCUCUUGCUGUUAUAUUGGUUGCUGUUUAUGUUGCAAAGGAGAUGACAGUUAUGCGGCGGUGCGGUUUUGUAGUGAUGGUGUUUGUUUUGGUGGAGUGGAAAAGGCGGCCAUCGUGAACCAAGGGAAAGCGACGAACCACGGUAGUGAUCAGACGUCCAGAAGAUUGUUUUUUCUCGGGACAGUUUCCCGCCACCGUAACGAAAAGUUUAGUGCGCGUGUGCGACGGUAGAUUCCCGUCGAAAGUGCCGGCCCGUGGUUCGGGCGCGUAAGUUUGUGGUUUUGGGUCGCCGGAGAAGGGAAGCUAAUUGCAAAGGAGCCACUCGCUUCCCCCGGCUAACUACAAAGGACCCAGUGAUACCACGCCGCCCUCACUGUGGAGGAUCAGCCGAACGAGCAUUGCUCUCCUCCACAGUUAAUCGCAAAGGAGGGCGAAGCAGGUAGGACAACGGAUCCACCUGAGGUAGUUUACUGCGGUACCUACCAGGGUCAUUCACGGGGAGUGAGUGGACCCGGCGAUUAGUCGCCCUGUCGCUUGGGAGGUUCCAACAAAAGAGCCUUGCUCACCUCCCUAGCUAAUCGAAAAGGACCGCUGCCGGAGCAGCCGACGGAAACAAUCCAAAUACACGGCCGUUGUUGUCCCGGCCGGAGGGAACCCGCCAGUAGCAGCAACAGUUAAACGGACAGUGGAGGAGAGUGACAGUGGAAAAUAAACACGGUAAAAUUAAAUUUAUUUGUUGGUAUUCCGUUAGUUUGUUGUGUUACGAAAAUCCGAAAUUCUGUAGAGGCACCUAGGCCGCCCUGAAACGAAGGGUACGCCGGGCAAAUAAGAACCCGAGUAGCGGGCAAACCCCUACUUACACUCUUUGCACUCACAAGAGGUCAUUGGGUAAUGUUUUUUUGUGGGAUACGGAGAGCUUUCCGGUGCGCUUUGAUAGCUGGGGCGACUUACGGGUUCCACCAGUGUGGUGUGGCAGUGCUCCGUUAAUCCGAGGAAUGUUUUCUUUCCGCCGCGUUGACAAUUAUUUCCGAGAGCUCGGUCGGCGAAUACGUACAGUCUCGGUCAAGUUGCAACUGUAUGAAGGCGUUGUAGAUGCUUGGAGUGGCUUUGGGUUGGAGGAGGUUGAUGCGUAGUUCCAGGGAUAAGUGAUCACUCCUAGCGGCCGCAACUAAUUCGGUGUUGAGCGUGAGGUCAGUCGAUAGGAGUUCCACUUUUAUACCCAGGCCGAAGGUUUGGUGAUUGUUAUCUACUUUCGCAAGUUCCAACAGGUAUCGGUUCCCGAAGCAAGGCGAGGGGUUAGUACCGGUGUGUAGGAGCGUUUCUUGGAUCGUGAUUCGCAAGGUACAGUUACUCGAGGUGAGAGCGAUGAUGUUCUGUAGGUCGCCAAGGUUGUUUUUCAACGCGUUGAUGUGCCACUGUGCGGCAAGCGUGGAGCGAUGAUCCUGGGUAGUUGUUCAUCAAGGUGCUGGAGGUACUGUGUGGUGGGCUACCUGGAAUGUACGUACGUACGUCGGAGAAGACCGGAACAUCCGCGGACGGGGCUGGUGAAGGGGAGAUGAAUUUCUCCCGGAUCGUGCCGCUUCUUGUUUCGGAAGUUUUGCUAUUGCUUGUAAGCUUGGAGCGCUGCCCUUCCAGUGAUCACGAAUGCUCUGCUCCGGUACAAGCAGGUACCGGAGGCUCGUCGGCGGGGGCCAGUACAUCCGCGUUCAGAACCGGUGCACGGGAGAGGGCUUUUAAAUGAGCGGGCAACUGUCAUAUAAAACGACACAUAAAAUCGUUUCUCCGGCUGUUGUACGUCGAAGUCGGAAGGCGACUGGGUGACACGAACAUCCGGAGACUAGACUUGGUGGUUGUCGGGUUGGAUUUAUAUCGGUGGUGCGUGGCGGUUGUCGUCACCCGCGGUUGGUGCUCGUGGUGGCUGUUGGUCGGAGAAGGGGACUGGGGUGCGGCAGUUAUCUUGGUAGGUGUGUUGUGAUCAUAUGGUUUACUAUCCUAAGGGUUUACUUAUAGUCCCACUUCAACAGCCGGUAAGGGCCUAGACUUUCCAAGACGAGGUUGGUGUGGGUAGGUUUGUUUCUUGUCGGUGUUGUUGUUGCAUUGUGUCUGAGUUGGUUCAGUCCGACAUAUCGAUUUCGGGGUCCUGGUAGUGAUGAGAGCCCUUUGGUUUUGUAGUAUUUUUCGAUUGGUACUUUCAAGUUAGUCCUUUUUUUCAUUGGAACUGCGGGAUUUGGGGUUGUUUGGUUUUAGUAGAGGGUCUCUGGAUUUGUUUCAUUGUUGCUGUUCUUGGUCCUUGCUGGUUCGGUUCCGACAGGGUCGGCCUAAGUCGGUUUGUUAGCGGUCUGGGGUUAGCGCUUCGGGUAAUUGGGGUUUGCUGUGUUUUGGCGACGUGUUUGUUUCCGGUGAGUGCUGACUGCUGGAGCACUGUUUUGGGUCUGGGAAGACGGCGAUUUGGAGAGUUGCCUGUUUAAAUCAGUAAAUGAUCCCAUAAUCAGCUCAAUUCAUUGGUCUGAUAUUUUACUUCCAGCAACUGUUUCUUAAAUAUCUUGAUGAUGUUGUCUUUGGCUUGGGGCGGUUUUAGAUGAUUUUUUCAGAGUUUCGAUCUCUUUCCUCAACAGUUUUAUUAUGCGGUCUCGGUCGUCAAAGGUUGGGUUAAACCGAUUGUUGACAGUUUUGGCUUAAGAUUUGUUUGACCAACGGGGAAUGUGAUGUUGUUAUUGGUUUUGAUCCGGACUAUCUCCUUCUCCAUCGCCUAGGUCGGACUGUUGUGAUCCCUGGUUGAGUGACUGCAGUUGUCGUUUGUUGGAAUGGGUUGGUGGUCCUGGGCGCAAUUAAACCCCCUUGUUGCAUUUCUUACUGCCAUGGCCAAACCGGCCGCAUUAGAAGCACUGCAUUGGGUUGGGGUAGUAGCUUCUUACGUCGACUCUCAUCUUGUCGCGGUAGACAUGUUCGGGUAUAUGGGAGCCGUUAAAGAGGACGAGACUUGCCACUUAUCAUCUUGUUGCAUCUUUUUGGUGUCCAGUUCGUGGAUGAUACUGGCAGUUUUGUUGAGGAUCGGAUUGGAAGUUACCUCAACCAUGGGUCUGUUUGAUAGCUGUUUCACGGCUAACAACUUGUGGUAAAGCUUUUCGGACGCUGUCCGCAGUAUACAUUGCGUACCUUUAGCUUCUUUGGAUGCCUUGGUGGGCUCGGCCCCGAUAGCGUUCUUUACGUUGAUCGAGAUAUAUACGGCUUUGCUGUAAGACUGACCCGGGGAUGGGUCUUCCGGGUGGUAUAUUCGAAGGCGGUUCGCUUUUUAAUAAGUGGUUCCUUCACUAUAUUGCCGGACUUGUAAACUUUUUUCACCGUUCGUGAAUUACCCACACGAUUCGAUGAAAGAAUUAUCCUCUUUACUUCAAUUGCUUUAAAAAAACUUGUACGUGUGAAUCCAAAUGUUCCUCGGCGCCAGUAAGUAUGUUCGGAGGAGCGUUAAUAAAAAUAUGUCGAUCGGUUGAAUAUACAAAUAAAACUCUUGCUCUCAGCAGCUAACCUCACUUUAUUCGAUUACGACAUAGCUCGUCCCCGAGUGUCUCAUAACAUGAUUUUGACAUUUGGGCAACUGGUUAAGUUUUACAUUUUAAAAGUGGGAUACAACAGAGGGUAAACCAUCUGGACCGGGGAAAUCUAAAUCAUUCUAAAUUACGUGCCAGCCAAACACAAACCAAUUUUGAUUAGCAAGAAAGGAGAACAUGUAUCAAUAAACAGCAGCUAUCGCGUUGUUUGGCAAAGUUCUCAACUAACAUCAUACAGAGAUGUAUCUCCACCAAGCGAAAAUAACAACAAAUUGAACCGACAAAAAGCCUGCCAAAAUUUUACCAAUAUUUUUGUGUGUGCUAGAACAAACAAAAAAAUGAGAGUUCAUCGAAAUUUUGCCGAGUUUUAAAGACAGCAUUUCAAUUUUUUCAAUAAAUAUUUAAAAAAAUAAACAAAACUACAAAAAGAAACAAGAACGGACGCUAGGAUAAACUAAUUCACGGUAACAGAAAGAAUAAAAGUAACUAUAGGAAUAAUCAUGUAAAUAGUAACCGUUAGCUAUAUCAUUCCAAAUCCUUCCGACCGGCAAGUCCUGUGAGCCGGUCGGAAAGUGAAGCUUUCAUUGUGAAUACGAGUUUAAAUAAAAAUCCAGAA